AUGGAGGGGGAGGCUCUAGUAUGGUACCAAGAGUCUUUUGAGAAGGGCCAUUUCCAUGACUGGGACACAUUAACCAGGUCUAUGCUCCUCCGCUUUGGGCCAACGUCGUACGAUAGUCCCAUGGAAGCACUAACCCGAUUGGAACAGUCCAACUCUAUUGCAGCUUACACGACACAAUUUGAAGCCCUAGCCAAUCGGUUGAGGGGCCUUUCCGAUGAACACAAGCUGUGUUGCUUCAUAAGCGGGCUGAAAGAUGAAAUCCGCCUUCCCAUAAAAAUGUUUAACCCUGUCAAUAUGAAUGCAGCAUAUGGAUUAGCAAGACUACAAGAGGAAUACCUCUUAAGUGUAAAAAAAUCCAUCAAACAAACAGGGGAGAAGUCUAGUGAAACGUUUGGGGGUUUUUCCCGGGGGUCCUACUCGGGAAACAGCAACACUAAAUGGUCUGGCCCUACUGGUGCGACCAGACCAAUUAUUUCCGAUCAAAUGGAUGAAAAGCAGAAAAGAGGGCUGUGUUACCACUGCAAUGAAAAGUGGAACCUACUCCAUAACUGCAAAAAAUCACGGAUUUAUUUCAUCCAAGCUGACAAGAAAGAUGUUGAAGAGGAGGAAGACAGCCCUACAAAGGAUGAGGAAGAAGUGGGCGUGGGCAACAAGGCUGAUAACAAGGUAGAGGUUCCUGAAAUUUCAUUGGCAGCAAUUGCGGGCACUCCUACAGUUAGUACAAUGAGGCUGGUGGGUAGCAUCAAAGGGGAGAAAUUGGUGAUUUUAGUGGACUCGGGCAGCUCAUAUAAUUUCAUAGAUUCAACUCUAAUUCCAAAGCUGAAAUUAGUAGUGGAUCCUUCAGUUGCAUUGAGUGUCAAGGUAGCAAACGGUCAGUGCUUGAGCAGUGCGGGAAUGUGUAAUGCAGUGAAGGUAAAGAUGCAAGGUACCUCGUUUAAGACCUCUCUUUAUUUACUUGAUCUUGCUGGAUGUGAUGUGGUGUUAGGAGUUCAAUGGUUAGAAACAUUGGGCCCCAUAACUUGGGAUUUCUCUAAAUUGCUAAUGAGUUUUAGACAAGAAGGGAAGUUGAUUGAAUUACAAGGGUUAAGAUUGAAACCUUCUGUGGUGGAGGAUGGUCAUAAAAUGCCUAAGGGUAAGGGGGUUUUGUUACAAAUUAUGGCUGUUACGGAGGGAGGGAAGGAGCAAAUAAAAUUGGAGGCUGAUGUUACUCAAGUCCUAGAAGAGUUUCAGGGAGUUUUUAAUGAGCCUAAAGGGCUGCCUCCACCCCGUAACCAUGACCACCAGAUUGUUCUCAAGGAAGGUACACAACCCACAGCUAAUAGGCCUUACCGAUAUCCCUACUACCAAAAAACAGAAAUAGAGAAAAUAGUGGCGAAGCUAUUGAAAUUAGGGGUGGUACGACCUAGCUCCAGCCCCUUCUCUUCUCCUGUUUUACUGGUCCGCAAGGCCGAUGGGAGUUGGAGACUAUGUGUGGACUAUAGAGCAUUAAAUAAGGAGACGGUGAAGGCCAAAUUUCCAAUUCCGGUGAUUGAUGAGCUGUUGGAUGAAUUGUUUGGCUCGGUUAUUUUUUCUAAACUCGAUUUAAGGUCGGGGUAUCACCAGGUGCGGGUGGUUGAGGAGGAUAUACCCAAAACAGCGUUUCGUACUCAUGAAGGGCAGUAUGAGUUCUUGGUAAUGCCCUUUGGUCUAACUAAUGCCCCUGCCACUUUCCAAGGGUUAAUGAACGAUGUCUUUAAACCCUAUCUCAGAAAAUUUGUAUUGGUAUUUUUUGAUGACAUUUUGGUCUAUAGCAAGAGUAGAGCUGAACAUUUGGGACAUUUGAGUAAGGUUUUAUCCUUACUACAGCAACACAGCCUAUAUGCCAAAAGAUCUAAGUGUAAAUUCGCUGUUGGGGAAAUCGACUACUUGGGUCAUGUGAUUAAUGCUAAUGGGGUGAUGGCGGAUGCGACCAAAGUGGCUGCUAUGUUAGAGUGGCCUGAACCUAAGAAUGUGAAGUCUCUAAGGGAAUUCCUAGGGUUAACGGGGUAUUAUCGGAAGUUCAUCCGGAACUAUGGUAGUAUUGCAGGCCCUCUCACUGAUUUGUUGAAGAAAAAUGCUUUCUCUUGGAGUGAGGAGACAAGGAAGGCAUUUAAGGCCUUAAAACAAGCUGUUGCUCACCCUCCAGUUUUGAGAUUACCUGAUUUCAGCAAGCCAUUUGUUAUUGAGUGUGAUGCUAGUGGGAUGGGGCUGGGAGCAGUUUUAAUGCAAUCGGGAUAG